AUGGAAUACUCCUCCCCACUGGCUGCCAUGCGGCCUCAGCCUCACGUCGGAUGGGGUCAUGGAAAAGACCUCCCGAUCCCGCGGUCAUCCUACCACGGCUUCCAGACCUACGGCCCCAACAGCUUCAACUUCAAGGACCUCAGCAUGCAGCAGAGGCCGGCGAAGCAAGACUACUUCACCCUCAAGCCUGUGCGAGGCUCAUCUCCCACCUCGAGCCUGACUGCGGAUCUAGAUGCGAACUUCCAUAUCGACAAAAGUCCGCAAGCACCCACACCUAGAAGAUCGCUCUUCACGGCGGACCUGUUCAAGCCUCGAGAUGACGCUGGACGACUGAUGACUCCGCCGAUCGAGGUGGACGAGGUAACCACUCCUGACAUCCCUUCGUCCUCGCCUUGUCUCGACGCCAUGGACAUCUCGCCGCUGCCACACAAGGCGCCUCACUUUGUCGCUCAGGUGUCACUUCCUUCCCCAACGCCGGAACCCACGCCAGGGCUCGACGCUCUUAUCUCACCAGAUCUGCUUUCACCAAACGACCAGCCAAUCCCACAGGCGUUUCCACAGGCGUUUCCGAGUGUGCCAGAACCCUUGUCAUUCACUCAGAUCUCAGAACGCAGACGUCCAGCCACGCGACCCUCGCUGUCCAAACAAAAAGCGUACUCUUCCAACUACGUGCCACAACAAAUAUCCACCACCGAGACGCAACUGCCACCUUUUCGCUUCGGUAAUGUGGCCAACAAUGGCCUAUCAUGCUCAUCGACGCCCAGCCUGCUAGGGAGCUUCACGGAGUCGCCAGUCGACGAUCUGAGGUCGGAUUCUGCACAAAAGAUGCCGCCUCCACCACCACGGAGACCCUCGCUCAGUUCCGUCGUCCGGAGUAAUGGGUCGCCGUCGACCGGUCAUGUCAGGAAGCCGUCGGGUGGGAGGCAGGCACCGGUGCGGCCGCCGAGGAAGUCGAUAAGGAGGUCGUUGAGCAUGUUUCAACAUCCUGAUGAAGUCAUGAAAGAGGAGCAAGACAUGUUCGAGCCACAGGCGUGCCUAGCGUCGGCCAUGGAUGUGGAUCAGGAGCAGAAACAACAUCAGCCCAAGCUGCCGUGCUUUGUUCCAGACGACGAGCCGGACAGCUUACCGCGCAUUUCGCAAUCCACCAUGGUCGACGUCCUCAACGCCAAAUACAGCAGCGAAUACGAACGGAUUGUGGUCGUCGACUGCCGGUUCGAGUAUGAGUAUAACGGUGGCCACAUCGAGAACGCGGUCAACUUCAACGACAAACAGCAGCUCGCCCAUGAACUCUUCUCGUCGCCCAGUCCAGCUUCCACGCUCCUCAUCUUACACUGCGAGUACUCCGUCCACCGUGCACCACUCACAGCGAAGUUCAUUCGCGCCCACGAUCGGAGCGUCAACUUCGAGAACUAUCCCAACCUGACCUAUCCGGACAUGUACAUCCUGGACGGCGGGUACAGCAAAUUCUUCGCCGAGCAUCGAUCGAAGUGCUUUCCGCAGAACUACGUCGAGAUGAACGAUCACCGCCACGAGCAAGCCUGCGAACGCGGCAUGGCGAAGGUCAAGCAACGGCAGAAGCUGUUCCGACACCAGACGUUCGCCUUCGGCACCAGCCCGCACGACGAAAUGGACGAUUCUCCCACCGCCCCCCAAGGACGGACGAUGGGGAGUAGGAGUCGUUCGACUUUCAACGUCGGCGAUAAUAUCGCAUCAGGCAUUGGCGAGUCCUUUGCCAGGCGCAUGGCGUCCUACUGA